GCUUACUAUUACUUUGCUCUGAAACUAUCUAAUCGAGUCAAAAUUUUGGUGAAGAAUCUAACCUAACCUAACCUACUCCUAAACAACCAACCAAGUGGUUGGGAGAUCUCUAGAGUUGAGACGGUUUCCUAGGGUCAAAUACUCCUAACUAUGGUUGUCCUGUACGGUUAAGAGAAUAUGGUGAGUGAGUUGUUUUCUGUGGGCCUUCGUGAUUAUCCACACGCAUCCGGGUACACCCCACCUACCCCAUUGUCACCUCGGUAUAAGAUCACGCAUAUGGGGCUUUAAGAACCUAGCUCAUUUCAAUGAGUACUACCCACCAUCCACACCAAGGUUCCAUCCCGAGUUCUGUCUAGGAAGGCAUUCUUGUGGCAGGAUUUCGGUCGCCUCGUCCACCACAAGACCCUAUUCAUUCAUCUAACCCUAAUUUGCCAAAUGGCGCAUACACGUCUAAUCCUAAAACUCCAUACCCAGCGUACAAGCUCAAGUAGGCUAGUAGAGAAGAUUAUGGCGAAUUACCCAAGCACAAUUAAAGCUAGAUGAAGCAGUAAAAUCAACUAGACAAACACAUUCAUUCAAAACCCAUAAAUACAGGAAAAAAAACUCAAAAUACACUAGUUUUUUAAAAAAUUACGAAAAAUACAUAAGUUAUAAAAAAAUUCCCUAAAGUACACAUGUUUAUCCAUCACCGUUGUGGUCGAAGACAGUGAAUCAAUCACCGCCAAAAACCACAAUGGUGAACGCAUCACCACCUUGAAGAAAAAUGGUGAAUUAAUCACUGCUUAAAUUGACAACGGUGAAUCUAUCACUGCGGUAAAGACCAACGGUGAAUUAAUCACCACUUUAAUGACACCUCCAAGAAGGAUUGAGUACUAGGCAUCCAGGUCCUAAGUUAUAUAUUUUAUUUUAUUUUCUUUUGCUUUUCUUUUAUUUUAAUUAAAAUAAUGUUUAAUUACUACUUUAUUCUCGUUUUACUUUUUCGUACUUUAAAUAUUAUAGCUCAAGUAGUAUUAGUACUUAUAUUAUAUCUAUCGUACCUAUAACUCUUAUUCGUCUUUUUCUCUUUCGUAUGCGCUUUAUCGUUAUGAAAACCACCAGGAAGACAAAGACCUACACUUGUGUACCUUCGCCAACCCACAACCCAACCUAUGGUAACCUUCGCAAUCUUCUGUUAUGAAACUCUCACAUUGAGGACAAUGUGUUGCUCAAGUGUGGGGGGGCGUGUGUGAAUGUUUGAAUGAUUAUCAUGAUUGGUUGAACCAUGAAUUGCUAGUAUCCUCCAUUGUUUAUGAAUGUAAGACGUUGAUGAAUGCCUAUGAGAGUGUAUGCUAGCAAUUGCAUUUGUGUUGUGGUGAUUAAUGGUCAAAUGAUAAUGUUUUGGAAUCUUGAGUGCAUUACCCAAAAAAAAUUCAAAUUUGUGGGUUCCAAAUCACCUUUUUCCUUGCAACUUCCUACUCGAUAUGCUUUAAUUUGAUAGAUAAUUAAUGUGUUGUGCUCACUAGGUGAUAGUUGCAUGAUUAUAGUACCAGUCUAUGAGGGAUUUUAUUAUCUUCUUCCUCUUUAUGAGUUAAUAAUGUUUGCUAUUUUAGGAAGAACAUGUGUGCGGGAUUCUCUUUUGUUUGUCUAGUGAACUCGAAGCUUUUACAAGUUUGUGCGUAUCAGAAAAGAAAGAAAAGAGAGAAUAAUCUUUUGAAAAUGAGGUUCUCACGUGAGAGGCAACCAAUCCUCACGGAUUCGGAGUGCCCUUUGAGGAUAUGCUUGGGAUCGGAUAGCUUUACCGCGUACCGACCAUCUUUCGCUACUUACCAUCCCCAUGAAUCUUUCCUCCUCAUGGAAUCAUAUGUCCAGGUACGAAGUACCUUUUAGGCAUAGUGCUAGAAGGUGCUGGCGACUUAUUCACAAACACAUUGGCAGCAACUAUCAGCUUGCCACUCCUCGCAUUCAUCGCCCUUGCUUUCUCUUCUGUCGUUUCUGAACACGGGCUUUUUCACUCAAAUCUUAUAUUUAGAAGACCUCUUUUUUCCAUUUCGUCUCCUUCCUUCUCUUGUUAUUCUUUUAGGGGGGAGCGGAUAUGGUGUCAAGUCCUAAUGGGGUUGUGAGUUUGACAAUCAAUGGCAAAUUGGGUAGUCUACAAAAAGAUCUUAUUAAUUACUUUCUUUUUUGUAUUAAUUAUAUUUUGGAAAUUUAAAACCCACAUUAAAUACAAUUCUUUAUUUUGAAAUUCAAAUCUUACCACAAAUACAUUUCUAUCUCUUCCUAUCUCUCUCUCUCUCUCUCCUUCUUUUUCAGAAGCCACUUCACUCUGACUAGCUGACUUUCUCCGACCAACAGAAUUUUUCCGGUGAAAUCCUUCAAUCGUACUUGCUCCGACCACCUACGAAAAUGUACUACUUUGUCAGUAUGCUAAUGGUAGUGUUUUCGUCUAGUGGUACGCUACCACUGCUCUCUGGUAGGGUACGACUAUCACUGUUAGCGCUACCAAUGGUACGAGUGCUGGUGGUACCAGUACUAGUAAUACGCUACCAGUGAUAGUCGUACGUUACCACUAUCACGGCUAUCGCUACCAGUGAUAUUGGUACGCUACCAGUGCUAGUGGUACCACUACCACUGGUAACGCUACCACUAGAGACUAACACAAAGAACCAGAAUUGGAAUCUGGAAAAUCGCAUAUGUAGGAAAAAAAAUCAGGGGAUGAGGAAAUGGAGAGGCGGUGACCUCGCGACGGCGACGAUGGUGGGAGACGGAGGGCUGCAAUGGGGAGAGGGUGAUGACGCCGCGCUGGUGCGAGGUGGAGGUUGCGAUGGGUGGCGGGAGGGCUGCGACAAUAGUGAGAGCCGGACAAUGAUGGAGGGAGGAGGAGGGCGGCGGCGGCAGCAGCAGCGGCGGAGCUCGGCGACGACAAGGUCGUCUGCAGAAGAGAUGGAGGAGGGUGGGAAGGAAGAGCUAUGGUUUUUUCUAUUUAUAUGGGAGGGUGAAUGAUUGGGUGUGAUAAAUUUUUUCUCUUUAAAAAAUACCUUUCUUCUAAUCUUAGUUGUCAAUUUGAAAAGAAAGAAAAAAAAAAGAGACAGAAAAAGGCAUAUUCAAUGGCUAGAAAAUGAAUUGUGGAUCUGACAAUCCCUUAAAGGGUUGUCAUGGUAUCCGCUCUCAUCUAUUGUGAAAAUACCAUUUGUACACAAAGUACAUCAAAAGAAAUUGUUCAUUUCAAA